AUACAUACAGACAAACCAAACUAAUAACAAACUACCAGACUCGAAAUUAAAAAAAUAAUAAUAAAAUAAAAAUUAGUCGGAGAGCAAAAGGAAAGGCAAAGCGGAAGCGAAACACUCCCUUCCCCUCCCAAGCCAAGAGAAGAGCCCAAUCCUUGAAGAACAAAUAAACAUCUUUCUCCCACCCUUUUUUCCGCUGCUUCCUCUUUCUCAGAUUAGAUCCCAUUCUUUCUCCAACAAAAUCCAAAUUUCCCUCUCUGUUUCUUCCCUGCAACAUUCGAUCACUUUCCAAGUCAUUCCAUAAGCGAUUUUGUUUGUUUUUGCCGUCUCUGCCUGCAUCUGGUUUUCUGUCAAAAUUAUUUCGGGGGCCAAUGGAGAAGAAGGUGGUGGUGACGGUGGUCUGCGUGGCGGCGGUGGCCGGCGCGGUGGCAGCCGGAGUGGUUCUGCGGAAGAAGAUGAAGAAGGACGGAAAGUGGGGGCGGGCGAUGGAGAUUGUCAAGGAGCUGGAGGAGAAAUGCGGGACGCCAACUGCCAAGCUCAAGCAGGUCGCCGAUGCCAUGGUCGUCGAGAUGCAUGCUGGUCUUGCAUCUCAAGGUGGCAGCAAGCUCAAGAUGCUUAUCAGCUACGUCGACAAUUUGCCCACCGGGUAUCUAUACAAUUCCUUCCGAUUUGAUUUAUCAUAUUCUCCCAUUCCAAUUCUCGUGCUCAAUUUGAAUCUCUGAUCCCAAUUCUCGAUAGAUCCGAUUUGAAUCUGGGAACAUUCCAAGUGAUCUCCGGAUCCUGAUUCCUGAUUAGUUCAACGGUCAUGGCUGAGCUUAAUUGCCUGUUGCGCUCUUCCUUCCUCUGUGGAGCGGAUUUAGUUGAAAGUCUGUUCAUAGGAAUGAAGUUAGGAUUCUUACUUUCUAGCGAUACGGACGGUUUCCAUAUGAAUAUUAUUCCCCAAAAAAGUAGCAUUGGUUCUUUUCAUUUUCCGAAUUGCCUUUCUGUUUCUGUGAGACCUAAAGCAUUGCCUACGAAUGAAUUCCACGCCUGGGAUUUUGAUAUUCUGUUUAGAAAAGGAAGAACAAGUUUGGGUUGAUGUCUGUUCCUUCGUAACUGAGUUUAUUUCGCGAUUGUUCUCUUGUGGAAGUCAUGAGUCUGGGCUGUACUAUGCUUUGGAUCUUGGUGGAACGAAUUUCCGAGUGCUACGGGUGCAUUUAGGAGGCCUAAACGGUGGAAUUGUUAAUCAAGAGUUUGCCGAGGUGCCAAUCCCUCCUGAAUUGAUGACUGGGGCGGCAGAUUGGUUUCAGGCGCUCUUUGACUAUAUCGCGGCAGAGCUUGCGAAAUUUGUUGCUCAAGAAGGUCAAGAGCACGAGCUUCCACCGGGGAGGAAGAGAGAGUUGGGGUUCACCUUCUCAUUCCCUGUCAACCAAACUUCCAUUGCUUCUGGGACUCUGGUUCGGUGGACAAAGGGAUUUUCCAUUGAUGAAUUGGUUGGUCAAGAUGUUGUGACAGAGUUGAGCAGAGCCAUGAAGAGGCAGAACCUGGAAAUGCAUGUCUCUGCUCUGGUGAAUGAUACAGUUGGAACUCUAGCUGGAGGCAGAUACACCAACAAGGAUGUUGCUGCUGCUGUUAUCUUGGGCACAGGAACAAAUGCUGCUUACGUGGAGCGGGCACAAGCUAUACCAAAAUGGCAUGGUGCUCUACCUAAAUCAGGCGAAAUGGUUAUCAAUAUGGAAUGGGGCAAUUUUAAGUCAUCUCAUCUUCCUUUAACUGAAUUUGAUAAUUCACUGGAUGGUGACAGCUUGAACCCUGGUGAACAGAUUUUUGAGAAGUUAAUUUCCGGUAUGUACUUGGGGGAAAUCGUACGCCGUGCGCUCUUAAAGAUGGCUGAAGAAGCUUCCUUUUUUGGUGAAACUGUGCCAUCUAAACUCAAAGUUCCCUUUAUACUGAGAACGCCUGACAUGUCAGCAAUGCACCACGACACUUCCUCGGAUCUUAAAGUUGUAGCUAGUAAAUUGAAAGACAUUCUAGAGAUAACGAGCACGUCGCUGAAAACAAGGAAGGUGAUUGUUGAAGUGUGCAACAUCAUCGCCACACGUGGUUCCCGGCUCGCUGCUGCUGGGGUCGUAGCUAUCCUGAGGAAGAUGGGGAAGGACGUAGCCAAAGAAGGCGAAGUGCAGCAGAAGACUGUGAUCGCCAUGGAUGGUGGAUUGUACGAGCACUACAACGAGUACAGCAAGUGCUUGGAGAACACCCUCACAGAGUUGCUUGGGGAGGAAGUUUCCAAAACCGUAGAGGUCAUUCAUGCCAACGAUGGUUCAGGGAUUGGUGCUGCCCUUCUCGCCGCCUCACAUUCUCAGUACCUUUGAGCGCCGGCAUAACUAAUCGCCGUCGCCUCCUUACUUCCUCUCCUCCUUUACUGCAGAAGCCUUCCAUUGAUUCGACCCGUUGGAAUCUGUGGAAGAAUCCUUUUUUUGUUCUUUUACCUUUUACUUGGUUGGUUUUAGCCUUAGGAGAUUGGUUAUACUGUGAAUAUUUUUUUUACAGCAAAGCCUUGGGGGUAGCUGAGGAGCGCUCAAUUCUUCCGCUUUUCGGGCGGCUACUGCUGCUGCAUUAUUACCCUCUGGUAAUAAUUCCUGCUUUGAUUCGAAUUCGCCAAUUUGCUUUUGGCGAGAAUAAGAAAGAGAGAACACAGAGGCUUAAUUAAGUUUGAAUAAUAAUAUUUGAUUUUGCAAAAAUUGUUUAUGUUUUGGCUUAUAUCUCAUCACAUCUCCAUUUAUCGGGGCUAAAUUACAGGUGUUCACCCAAAU